GUUAUAAUUUCUUGAACAUUUACUUUUCUUCCAGCUUGUUUUGGCAUUGUAGUUUACACCGCAGUCAUCGGCUUUAGAAUAAUUUCCUUAGCAUCCUUCCCAGAUGCAGGAUUGUCAGGUCAAUGGUCCAAUUAUUUCCAUUGCUUUUCGGGCUGCCACACUCUCCAACCAAAGGAUGAGACUAUCAGCAAAGCACUGACACUGCCUGUUCUCUUUAAAUUUUACUUUUACAGGUGUCUUCUUGCUUCAAUCUGCCUCGCUCUGAAAUUUUUCCACCUGAUCUCCUGCGGAGAAAGCACCCAUUUUGAGGGCGUGUGACCCCGGAGUCCCGAGGCAGCUCCCGCACCCCCCGCCCGCCGGCUCCCCGCCCCCUCGCCGGACUACACUUCCCAGGUGGCCCCGCGCAGCGAGCGCAGCCGCACUUUGCAGCUGCCUGUCGGGACGUGGAGUUGGAGGCGUACGGCUGGGUGCAAUGGACGCAUGGGGCAAGCGGCUGGCCGGCGUGCGCGGGGUGCUGCUCGACAUCUCGGGCGUGCUGAUGGACUCCGGCGAUGGCGGCGGCGUGCCGAUUGCGGGCUCCGUAGAGGCGGUGGCCAGACUGAAGCAGUCCCGGCUAAAGGUGAGGUUCUGCACCAACGAGUCACAGAAGUCCCGGGGCAAGCUGGUGGGGCUGCUUCGGCAGCUGGGCUUCGACGUCUCCGAAGGCGAGGUGACCGCCCCGGCCCCGGCCGCCUGCCAGAUCCUGAAGGAGAGAGGCCUUCGGCCGCAUCUGCUGGUCCACGACGGAGUCCGCUCAGAAUUUGAUCAAGUUGACACAUCCAACCCAAACUGUGUCUUAAUUGCUGAUGCAGGAGAUGGCUUUUCUUACCGAAACGUGAAUAAAGCCUUCCAGGUGCUCAUGGAGCUGGAAAAGCCUGUGCUCAUAUCACUGGGAAGCGGACGCUACUUCAAGGAGACCUCUGGCCUGAUGCUGGACGUUGGUGCCUACAUGAAGGCGCUCGAGUACGCCUGUGGUAUCAAAGCCGAGGUCGUGGGGAAACCUUCUCCUGAGUUUUUCAAGUCUGCCCUGCAGGAGUUGGGGGUGCAGGCCAACCAGGCCAUCAUGAUUGGAGACGAUAUCGUGGGUGACGUUGGCGGUGCCCAGCGGUGUGGAAUGAGAGCACUGCAGGUGCGGACUGGGAAGUUCAGGCCCAGUGACGAGCGCCAUCCGGAAGUGAAGGCUGAUGGGUACGUGGACAACCUCGCGGAGGCCGUGGACCUGCUGCUGCAGCACGCAGACAAGUGACAGACCUGGGAGGGCCCCCCGCCUCCUGGCAGCCCUCCCUCGGUGCCUGGACCGGCAAGGCCCUAUCCUUUGUCCUCCACAGGCAGGCAAGAGGGCACAGCCAGACAGCUGUGGGCUGCCCUGUCCCUGGGCCUGAGCUGGCCAGCCCUUCCUCUGUCUCCCUCUGCCGACCCCUCCCUCCCUCCACCCAGACAUGUCCCCCAGUCUCUCAGACAGAGCGUGUCCCCUCCCUGAUGGCCUGCUGGUGCUGCCCUAGUGAAGUCAGGGGAGCGGAACAGACCUCCAGGGAAGGAAACGCUCUGGGCGUGGGCUGGAGGUGCUCUGGAAAUGUCCCCAGUGCACGUGCCCCGUGCACCUGGGCCUGGCAGUGCUCCAUCUAACUGGACCCGGGCCAUUUGCCCGUUGCCUCUCCAUCUGCACUCUUUGCAUUUAGUGAGGAGCCUGGUGGAAACGGGGCCUCUCGUGCAGUCCAUGCAGCCCCGAGCUGAGCCAGCUUCCCUGGGACUGCCCAGCGAGCCCCACCCCCACCCACAGUCAGCGUGGCCGCUUAACCCCCUGCCCUCCCCUCACCCCACACAAUGCCAGCCCACCACCUUUCCUGUCCCCAGAAGUCACCUUUGGAGCCAAAAGCUGGGGGCAGCUCCCAAGGGCACUUGGAAGACCAGGGGCUGUAGAACAAGAACGUCAACCUCUGGGCUCAAGGUCGCAGGCACAGAGGGUACUUUCUGGAGCCAGAACUCUAUAGGCUUUAGUGUGGCUUGCCCAGUGUGUGGAAACUAACGGUUAAAUAAGCUACUCUGACCUGCAGCCCACUCAGGCUUUGACGGCUGAGGGCCGUGGGCUGGGAGGCGGUGGGCAGGGGCUCCGCCUGGUCCCUGGUCCUGCCAUGUGCUGCAACAGCAGAGGGCCAGGCCCUGAACAUGUCACCUGCCCGACUCCUUCGUGUAACAAAUGUGGAAACUGAGGCCCCGAGGGGACAGUGAACAGCCCUAGGUUCCGAGGGGACAAGGUGGACCAGGGGACAAAUAUCGGCCUUCCAUCCAGGGCAGCCCCAUGACCAGCGGUGGGGAGCCAUGCGUUUCCCGAAUUCCCUCCUAGCCCUGUUCAGGUUUCAAAAUCGAUCAGCUGAACAGGUUAAUUGAUUGCGCUGUUUCUCUCCAAAUCAUUCUUGGGAGAUAACAUCUCAUAGAAAAAGUCCCGGGUCCUCCGUGACAGGGUUUACACAAAACAAAGGCAGACGAUAACAGAACACUGGACUCACUGUGGUCCCCAGGCCCUGCCCCCUGACCAGCCCCAUUAGAUCAGGAUUAGGAGGGACCGGUGGUGAGUCUUUUCAUCAAGAUGGGAGGCCACCAGGCUGGUGUCACUGGCCUGCAAGGGAGGAGGGGCGUUGGCCUGUGAGCUGGAAAACAUGCAAAGCGCCUGCUCUUUGAUCGAGUUCCCUAAUUACAGCUUGUUGGGGACCCACAUGGUGGCCUGGCUGGUGGCUGGUCAGCAGGUGCACAGGGCUGCAGCUCGCCAGGGCGUGGAGGGCGACUGCGCGGGGACAGCCCUCAGCCUUCUGCCUGGUGGUUUCCUGUUUUCUCGUUCUCCCUUCGCAGCUGCCCCUGCCUGCUGCCCUCUGCAGGAGCUUGCGGCCGGGCAGCGCCCGUCUGGAGGAAGGAGGCUGGUGCUCUCUCUCCAUGGACAAGCGGGGUUGCCUUUGGCAAGCUUUUGCCCAGGAGUGGGGACAGGGAGGGUGUCACAGGGAUAGCAGGUGCAGGCCCCUGCUUUGUCUGGGCAGAGGACACGGCGCCCCCUCCCCAAGCUGUGGGUUCAGUGAAGGGGGUGAUGUCAUCUCCUUUUACAGAUAAGGAAACUGAGGUGCAGAGAGAAAGGGCCUCGCCGACUCACCUCCAGGCUGACUGUGGGUCAGGGCAGAGCUGAGGCCCAAAUCAAGGUCUGUCCUGCAUCCAUGCCUUUCUAGUCCCUUCCACAGUCCGUGGCGGUGGCCACAGGUAGCCCCAGUGGCUGUGGCUUUCCUGAGAGUCAGCACAGUGGUGUCCUCCCUCUAGAGACGAAAUGUUCCUUGGAAUUGAGGUCCAGCCCUAAAUUUGGGGGGCAGUGUAACUCCUGAGCUUCAGCUGCCUCAUCUUUCCUCAGCAGGCAUGCACUGAGUCCUGCCAGGGACCAGGCCACACAGGGUGCCCUGUCGCUUGGCUGGGGAUGGUGACCCGUUUUGCUGCCACCCGAGGUGACGGUGCUGCCCAGAAGUAGGAGGCCCUUCCUCGCCCGGGGUCCUUCCAGCUGCCUGGUCCUGGCUGCUGCAGACCUCCUUCCGUACCCCCAAGCGGGGCGGGCAGAGUGCUCAGGCCAGAGAUGGAAGGUGCCAUCGGCCACAGCGGGGCUGGAAAGAGCCAGGCUGGGGGGCCUGGUCCUCAGCACCAAGUGUGCGCCUGCCCCCCGGCCUGGCUCGCUUCAGCACUCCUCUCGUCCAGGUCAGUUGAAUGAGGUCCUUCAGGCUCAGGAGGGCCGAGUCCCGUCCUGCUGGGCUGUUCCCACCCCUCGCAGGGUGGGCAGGUGGGAAGAGCACAGAAGGGGGGGUGCAGGGGGGGCCCGUUGCUCGUGGUUCCGCCUCCCGCCCCGGUGUGAUUAUCCACGGCUCCGGCCUCCCCUCUGAGAACUGUCCUAGUUUAGAUAAUAAACAUAUCAAGCACUUUG